CUUGAAGCACACGGCACAGGGACCGCGCUAGGAGACCCCAUUGAAGUCGGUGCUGCUGUCGGUGCACUGCGUAAAUCCGGAACUGAGGUUCCGUGCACAUCACUCAAGGCAAAUAUGGGCCAUCUCGAGGCUGUCGCAGGUGGCGCUGGGGCUGUUUCGGUGGUCGUG